AUGGAAGUGAUAUCUAGAGAAAUCAUCAAGCCCUCUUCUAAUACCUCUUCUCAUCUCCAAAUUUAUCCACUUUCCUUUAUAGAUCAUCUCUGUCCUCCCAACUAUAUUCCAUUGGUUUUCUUUUACCAAAACCAGAGCUUUGAGCCUGAAGAUGGUGGUGGCACCUCCAUUUUCAAAGCUUCUGAAGAAAGAACCAAAUUGCUGAAGAAAUCGCUGUCUGAAGUUCUAUCCAUGUACUACCCAUUUGCUGGUAGAGUCAAAGAUCAAGUUUCCAUAGAUUGUAAUGAUGAUGGAGUCACAUUUAUAGUCACCCACAUGAAACACAAGCUCUCAGAGAUCCUGAAAGACCCAAGUGAAGAAUUUCUCGACCCUCUAUUCCCAAAUGAAAUGCACUGGAAAAAACCCGGUCCACAGGGAAGCCUAGUAGCGGUUCAAGUGAAUCAUUUUGAGUGUGGAGGAACAGCCAUAAGCGUGUGUUUGUCUCACAAGGUUGCAGAAGCCUCUUCUUUAUGCCACUUUGUCAAAGACUGGGCAUCCAUAACCACAAAAUCUCAGGUAACCUUCCCUGUUUUCAAUGGAGCAUCGUUAUUUCCUAUUGGUGACUUACCAAUGUUCCCGGAGACUGAUACGAAAAUUAAAAGUAAUAUGGUAUCCAAAAGGUUUGUAUUUGAUGCCUCAAAGAUCAAGUCCCUUAUGACCAUGGCAUCUCAAGGAGUGGAAAUAAAACCAACAAGAGAACAAGCGGUGGCUUCACUCAUUUACAAAUGUGUAGUUUCAACUUUGAGAUCAAGUUCAAGGGUUCCAAAGCAGUUAACCACAUAUCUCAACGUUGCUGUGGACUUGCGUGCUGGAAUGAUUCCUCAACAGCCAGAGAAAUCAAUAGGAAACUUGGUUUGGGGUUUUGCAGUACCAAGUCCAAACUCUCCAGAAGAAGAAGAAUUACAAGAACUAGUAAGGAAGAUUCAAAAGGGGUUAUCUGAAUUUUGGGAUCCAUUCGCCAAAGGGCUUGGGAAAGAGCGCAUGAUGAAGAUCUUAGAGCUGUUGAAAGCUACAGGACCAUCUGAGAAUGUAUUUCUGUUUAAUAUAACAAGUUGGUGUGGAAGUGGAAUGUAUGAAGCCGAUUUUGGAUGGGGAAAACCAACAUGGGUGACUACUUGUGGAAGUCCUCCAAAGAAAGAUGUGGCACUAUUGAUGGAUGCGAGAGGUGGGGAAGGAAUUGAAGUACUUGUAACAAUGGAUGAGCAAGACAUGGACUUACGACAAUGGUACAAUGGUGACAAUGAUGAUUUGAACGAGAGGUCAGAAGAGAAGGAGAUUGAAGAGGAAAUUGAAGAAGAGAGGUUAGAAGAGAGCAAGAUUGAAGAGGAAAUUCAAGAAGAGAGUUUAGAAGAAGAGAGUGACACUGAAGUGGAAACUAAAAAAGAGAGGUCAAAAGAUGAUGAUUCUAGUGAUGAUGAUGUUGAACUUGUUGAGGAAGUGAGAAUGCCUGAAGAGUGGAAUGGGUUUGAAAGUAAGCCUUUAUGUUUUAGUGAUAUAUUCAAGUGA